AUGGCGUGCCUCGAAAACGUUCCUUCUCCAGUUGAUCUUGGUUGCCAUCAUGGGAAAGAGGAAGCAGGUUGGCGUCGAUAUCGGGAAGACGCAGGCCAUCAUCGUCGUUGCCUUGGGAGGAAGAGAAAGCGGUUAAUACUUGUAGCCAUUUUGAGGAAGAGGUGGAGGUGUCAUCAUGGGAGAGAGAACUGGGUUAUGUUCAUCGUUGGAAAAAGGAAGCGGGUUGUCACCGGAUUAGGCAGAAGAAUGGGAAGAGGUUGUCGUCAUUGCCCUGAAGAAAAACGUCGCGAUGCGUCCUCGUUAUUGACAUCGGAAGGAGUGUCAUCUUCACCAGUACGGCAAUCGACGGUCGACGACGUUGUCAGAAUAAAGCACGAGGAAGAAAAUAGCGCAGGGGUGGUCGUCGUCGUCGGGAAGAGAGAAGAGGACGUGGGUCGUCGUCGUCGGGAAGAGAGAAGAGGACGUGGGUCGUCGUCGUCGGGAAGAGAGAAGAGGACAUAGGUCGUCGUCGGGAAGAGAGAAGAGGACGUGGGU